AUGGGUCUUGCUAGUAAACUUGCCGCUGCUCAAGCAGCUCAGAACAAUACUGGAGCUCCUUCCGCAGGUGCUCCUUCCACUGGAGCUCCUCAGGGUCAGUAUGGAGCCCCUCAAGGCCAACAACAAUAUGGAGCUCCUCAAGGCCAGCAACAGUAUGGAGCUCCUCAAGGCCAGCAACAGUAUGGAGCUCCUCAAGGCCAGCAACAAUACGGUGCUUCUCAAGGCCAACAAAAGGCUCCUGGUCAGCAGAGCUAUGGUGCGGCUCCUUCCCAACAAUCACCUUACCCUCCCACUCAGUAUGGUAACAAUUCAGCUCCAUCUCAGCAACAACAGGGUGGCCAGAAGUAUGGCUCUGCCCCUGGAGCUUAUGGCCAACAACCACAACAACAACAACAACAACAACAACAACCACCCACACCUUCCUACAAUAACAAACCUCCUCAACAACAACAGUAUGGUCAACAAGGUUCUGGUAGCUAUGGCCAAACAUCUCAACAAUACGGCCAGGCUCCUCAACAGCAGCAAAAGCCACAACAGCAGCAAUAUGGCCAACAACAGUAUGGCCAACAACAGGGUCCUGGUGGAUAUGGUCAAGCUCCUCAACAACAGCAGCAGUAUGGUGCUCCCGGUGGUGCUCCUUCUGGAGGUGCCAAUCGUUACCUGACAACUUUGCAGAAUGCGGUUAGAGAAAACAAUAUUCAGGCCUUUUACAGCCCUGAGCAACUGUCGCGCAUUUCAAGCACAGUUGAACCCAAGAUCAUUGAUGCAUGCAAGCAAUGGCGCAUUCCCAGAGAGAUUGGUGAUGAUUUGGCUAGAUUAGCUCUAUACGAUAUUGUGAUUUACGCAGAUGAUUCUGGUUCCAUGUCGUUUGAGGAGAAUGGCGAGCGUAUUGAUGACCUUAAGCUGAUUUUGUCUCGUGCUGCGUUUGUGGCUUCACUUUUUGAUGAAGAUGGUAUUCAGGUUCGUUUCAUGAACAAUUCUAUUCAGGGCAAUGGCUUGCGCAAUGAACAGCAGGUUAUGGACUUAGUGGGCCAGGUUCAGUUCCGUGGUUUGACACCUCUCGGUACCAACCUUCAAAGUAAGGUCUUGGAACCUCUUAUCAUUGGCCCUGCUCGUUCCGGUGCUUUGCGCAAGCCUGUUCUGUUGUUGACUAUUACUGACGGUUCUCCAGCUGGUGAGCCUGAAAAGACUGUUUUCGAAGUGAUUGCACGCACUAAGCAGGUUCUUGGUUCCACUCGCUAUGGUCCUGGUGCUGUUGCAUUCCAAUUUGCCCAGGUCGGAAAUGAUCUCAAGGCUCGUGACUUCCUUUCUAAGCUUGACUCUGAUCCAAUUGUUGGUCGCAUGGUUGACUGCACAAGUAACUUUGAGGUUGAGCAAGAUGAGAUGGCCAAACUGGGUGUCAACCUUGACCCUUCCACCUGGCUUGUUAAGUUGCUUCUUGGUGCCAUUGACUCGAGCUACGAUACUCAGGAUGAAUCUAAGUAA